AUGCCCACCUAUACAGAGCUCCUGGAGUUUCUGGAGAAGCGGGCUGACUGCGGCGUGGAGAUAAAACAAAAGAUUCCCAUCAAACAAUCUGGAUCCGACAGAACGCGGCCUUCGCGACAAGGUACAUUCGUGACCAAAAACCAACUGCAGUGCUCGGUUUGCGAGGACACAUACGGAAUCUGGGCAUGCCAAAUGUUCAGAGACAAGGGGGUCUCUGAUCGCAUCAUCAUCGUCAAAGACGCGUCAAUUUGCACUAACUGCCUGCGCGACAGUCACACAAUCGAGCAGUGUCAAUCAGGUUCGUGCCGAUGGGAACUCACCCUCAAGGACAAGGAAAUGCCCACCUAUACAGAGCUCCUGGAGUUUCUGGAGAAGCGGGCUGACUGCGGCGUGGAGAUAAAAAAAAAGAUUCCCAUCAAACAAUCUGGAUCCGACAGAACGCGGCCUUCGCGACAAGGUACAUUCGUGACCAAAAACCAACCGCAGUGCCCGGUUUGCGAGGACACACACGGAGUCUGGGCAUGCCAAAGGUUCAGAGACAAGGGGGUCUCUGAUCGCAUCACCAUCGUCAAAAACGCGUUAAUUUGCACUAACUGCCUGCGCGACAAUCACACAAUCGAGCAGUGUCAAUCA